GCGCGGGCGGCCGCGGCACCCGCGGAGGCGCUGCCCGACGGGCCGGAGGCGUCGCCGGAGGCCGCCCCGGCGUCCCCUGGGGGCGGCUUCGCGUCCCCGCACGGCGGGUCGCCGCGGAAGCCGCCGGGGGACGAGGGAGUGUUCGAGAUCCGCGACUUCACGACGGCCUCGUCCUUCGAGCGGCUGUCGCACCGGAUGUCGAUGGCCGCGAAGAAGUGGGAGGAGACGCUCAGAGCAGCCGCCGGGAUCCAGCAGGGCCCGGUGCCUGUCGAGGGCCAGGACCGCGCGGAGAUGCUGGAGGAGUUCGAGCACAACGACUUCCGGUACCAGCUGCUCUUCCAGCUGUUCUCCCCGACGGGUGUGGCUGCGCAGGACGGUCAGCCCGCCGGCGUCGAGGCCGUGCCCUCUGCACCGCAGGACCGCCUGGGGCUCCACACGUUCCCCUCCCGGGCCCACAGCCUGCAGCGGUGGUUCGGGGUGCGGCACUUCGUGACCGCCGGAGUGCACGAGCAGAACUUCGACCCAGACUCCGCGCGGACGGUGCUGAGCGCCCUGGUGCUGGCACUCCAGCACGUGUCCUCGCCGUUCGCGUUGCCGCUCAGCUGCUUCGUCCCCAUCGAGGACGGCACCGGCCGGGGCAGGCGGCGGUACCUGGGCGAGCUGCUGCACGGGGGCUGUCGGACAAUCGUGGAUUUACACCACGGACCAGAAGGAUCGCGCCGACACCUCGCUGGAGCACCUCGAAGGGCUCGUCGGUUUCUUCCAUCAGAAGUUCGGCUUCAAUUCCGCUGGCCCCAGCCCUGCUCUCUCUGUGGGCGCGCGAUUCACUUACUUUGCAGAUUGUUUCCCCGCCGGUUCCGAGGGCGGCACAGCUUUCUCGCCAGCAGGUCCGUCAGCGGCGAGCGAUGCCACGCCGAUUGCUGCCUCAGAGGAAGACGCUGUGGAGUCGGUCCAGCUCCACUGCUUGUGGCCCUCUUUUCCGUACGGCUCCUUUGUUGA